GCCAACGUUGCCAAAUUGAAAUUCGAUAUGAAGAAAAAAAAGAAGAAAAAUUACGCUGUCAUCCUGUCCUGUUAUAACCUCACUUUUCCUUUGCCGCCAUUUCUCGCCUCCUAUGUUUUUGUUGAUGGAUCAAUGCUUGUCUAAGGAUCAAUGUUUAUUGUUAAUUAAAAUUUAAAUAUUUAAUAUUGUUUGUCAUUGCAUAAAAACCGUUUAAAAUAUGUCCAAAAAGCCGGUACAAACCAACACCCUGUUCAAUUAUUUUUCAUCGCCUAAAACAACUCCUAAAAAAUCAACCGAAAAUGGUGAAUCCAAGAAUAGUACUCCUACGACAAAGAAAGUCAAAAAAGAACUUGAUGAUAGCGACGAUGAAAUCCGUCCCAUAAAACGUCAACGUUCCGCUCUUAUCGACAGCGACUCUGAGCCCGAAAACGAAUCUCCCAAUAAGAGGAAGCCCCCUAAAACCGAAUCUACUCCAAAAAGUAAGAAACCAAAAGUUCAAUAUUCCCCUUCAACUACUGAAGAAGAAGACGAAGAAGAAUCUUCUGCUGAUGAACAACCAAGAUCGUCCAAGAAAAAAUCAACCAACAAGAACAAGUCUAUUAUUUCACAGGAAUCUGUUUUAAAGUCUUUCGCUUACACUAAAAGCGAUGAGAAGACUGAAUUUGAUAAAGAAGAAGUCGCAAUUAAAAAGCCCAAAAAUAAACCCAAAGCAGAGUUAGAUUCUGGCUGGCUGCAUGAAACUUUAGUAUUCAUGAAACCAGAUAAAAUCAUGGACGCGGAAAGAAGAAAACCUUCAGAUCCAAACUAUGAUCCUAAAACCCUCUAUGUCCCCGACUCUUAUUUAAGCUCCUUAACCCCAGCAAUGCGUCAAUGGUGGGUACUAAAAAGCCAACACAUGGAUGCCGUUCUAUUUUUCAAAGUUGGAAAAUUUUACGAAUUAUACCACAUGGAUGCAGUUGUCGGUGUUCAGCAGUUGGGCUUUUCGUACAUGAGAGGUGAAUUUGCCCAUUCCGGUUUUCCGGAAAGUGCUUAUGGCAAAAUGGCCACUAUGCUAAUUGAUAAAGGUUAUAAAGUAGCCCGAGUAGAACAAACUGAAACUCCCGACAUGAUGGCAGAAAGGUGUAAGCAAUUGAAGAAAACUACUAAAUUCGAUAAAGUUGUUGCGAGAGAAAUUUGUCAGGUUUCAACAAAAGCUUCUUGUGUUUUUGGAGCUCAAUUGCCUGAGCCGAGAUCAGAGGUUGGGAAUUAUUUAUAUGCAAUUGCAGCAAAGGUUAAUACAGAUAAUACAAGUAGAUUUGGUGUGUGCUUUAUUGAAACUUCAAUUGGGGUGUUUUAUGUUUCGGAAUUUGAUGAUGAUAAACAUUGUUCUAAGCUUUUGGCUCUUUUUGCUGAAUAUUGUCCUGGAUUGAUAUUAACUGAAAGGGCGGCUAAUUAUGGUCCUUUUAAAAACCUGCUAAAUACUCAUUUGAAGGAGGUUAUGCAGGAACAAUUGGCAGCUAAAACACAAUUUUAUCCUGCCGCCACACUUUUGGAAAAGUUGUUUUCUGAAUGCUAUUUUAAGGAUAAAGAGGGCAAGUUUGCUUGGCCAAAAUUGUUUGGAGAAAUUGCUGAAGAAUGCAAUCCCAAACCUGAAUACGAACUAGCUUUAAAAUCCCUAGGGGCAGUGCAUUGGUUUUUGAAAAAGUCCUAUUUAGAUAUUCAGUUAUUUUCAAUGGGACUUUUUGAAAAGUACGAACCUGUGCUGACAGAAGGUGGGCUCAAAAUUAAACACGUCGAGAGGGAUUAUAUGAUUUUGGACUCUACUACAAUUCAGAAUUUGAGUUUACUUGGAGGCAAGGGUACUUUACAGAAAACACUUGAUUUUUGUAAGACGCCUUUUGGUAAAAGGUUGCUUCCAUUGUGGAUAUGUCGUCCUUUAUGUAAUAUAGAAAAAAUUAAACUCAGACAAGAUGUUGUGAAGGAACUUUACGAUUUCCCACAAAAAUUGCAGGCUUGCCAAGACAUUUUAAAGAAAUUGCCUGAUCUAGAAAGACAAGUUGCAAAGAUUCACACUUAUGGCAAUAAGUUUUGCGUUACAAAUCAUCCAGAUGGCAGAGCAAUAAUGUAUGAAGCUAAAAUUUAUUCAAAACGCAAGAUUAUGGAUUUGUUGAAAACUCUGAGAGGUUUUGAGGCAGCACAAGACAUUCCAAACAUAUUUAAAAAUUGUGAAUCGAGGCUUUUACGUAAACUCACCCAAUUUGAGCCUAAUGGCAUGAACGUAGAUUUAACCAAAACAUUAACCUUUUUCAAGCAAGCUUUUGAUCAUGCAGCCGCGGAAAAAGAAGGAACAGUCACACCAAAAAGAGGUGUAGAUGAAGAUUACGACAACAUUGAAAGAGCUAUUGAAGAAAUAGAAAAAGAAUUGCAAGAUUACUUGAAGGAACAAUGCAAAUAUUUUGGCUGUCAAGUUACCUAUUUUGGAAACGACAAAAAACGAUUCCAGCUGGAAGUUCCAGAAACUAGGGCUAACAAAGCAGAUGAAGAAUAUCAGUUGGAGGGUAGCAAGAAGGGAAAUAAACCAGCUAAAAGGUUCUCUACGCCAACAACUAAGGAAUUGCUGCAGAAAAUGUUGAAAGCAGAAAGCGAACGAGCCAAAAUAGUCUUGGAUUUAAACAGGAGGAUUUUCGAGAAAUUUAGUCAAAAAUACGAUCAGUGGCAACAGGUCAUACAUUGUCUAGCAACUUUAGAUGUUUUGUGCUCGUUUGCUGAAUACGCUACAAGUUUUUCUGGCGGAGAUAUUUGUAAGCCGAAUGUUGAACCAUUUUCUGUCAAGCCAUUUAUCUCAAUCGAAAGCGGUAAACACCCAUGUGUCUCCAACAUUGAAAAUUUUGUUGCAAACGACAGUUAUAUGGGCUCAAACGAAAUGGCACCCUUACUGCUCCUUACAGGACCUAACAUGGGCGGUAAAUCCACCCUGAUGAGACAAGUAUCUAUUAUAUCAAUAAUGGCUCAAAUGGGAAGCUUCGUGCCUGCCUCCCAAUGCUCUCUAAGUCUAAUAGAUAGAGUUUUCACAAGAUUGGGAGCUUUUGACGAUAUAGUACGCGGUCACUCGACAUUCUUUGUUGAAUUAAGUGAAGCUUCUACUAUUUUGAAGCACGCCUCGCUGCAGUCUUUGUUGAUUAUUGAUGAAUUAGGACGAGGAACUUCCACACACGAUGGAAAUGCUAUUGCUACAGCAUAUGUCAAAAAAUUAAUCGGCAUGCAAUGUAGGACAUUAUUUUCCACUCAUUAUCAUUCCUUGGUUGAUCAUUUUGUUGAUACUCCUGAAGUACAACUUGGUCAUAUGGCUUGUAUGGUUGAAAACGAAGAAGACGAAACUGAAGAAUCAGUGACUUUACUGUACAAACUUGCCGAAGGCCGUUGUCCUAAAUCUUUUGGAUUCAAUGCUGCCAAAUUGGCAGGUUUGCCUGCGACAAUUGUAGCCAGAGCCAGACAGUUGUCCAAAGAAGUUGAAGAAGAAGAUAAGGCCAGGAACGCGUUUAGACAGAUAUUUCGCGAGGGGUUGAAAAUUGGCGAGAUUGUUAAGUUGUUGAGCAGCUUGGAGGUAUAAUUUUAGAAGUUAAGGUUUACUUUUCCAAAUGUGAUUUUAAGUUGCCAUUCCAUUUCUGUUGGAAAUAUUGAUUUAAGUUUUAGCUCCAUGUAUAUGUUAGAAUCUCAUUAAUUUUCUUUUGAUAUAAUACUUUUCAUAACAUACAAAAAAAAACUAUUUUUU